GCUGGGGACUGCAUCCCAUGCUGGGGGUGAGGGGAAGGAUGUGCUGCAGAGAGGGUGUCUCUACUCCCCACCUUAUCUUCACCUGUCUGGUAGCUUUUGGCCUGCAAACUUUGCUGCAGGGCUGUUGAAAACGAGCACCGAUUUAUUCAUGUUCUGCAAACCACUGUGUUUCCAGGUCUCCUGGGGCAGCUGAGGAGAACCAUCGCCAUGAUUCCCACACUGCUCUUGCUGGGCCUUAUGGCCCUUGUCGGUGAGCCGGGGUUUGGGUUUGGGUUGCUGUCAAAACACACAGGAACUGUUUGCAGAGGGACUGCAGAGAGGAGGUGUGCACUCAGGCCUGAGAUCCCCUUUCUGCACGGCGCUAUAAAACCCCAUGUGGCUGAUGGCCCUCAGCUGCUGUAUGAGGCUGCUCACUGUUCACGUGUUUCUCAAACCAGCAUGUCUGGAGUACGGGACUGACACCAAAAGGAGUCACAGACUUCUGAUUUUCCCAGCUAACCUUAUCUGACCUCUGUCUGCUCAGAAAUGAUCUCACCAAUAUGGCAAGCUGUUUGAUGGAGGCUAUUCAUUCCUCAGGAACUGAGGAAGCAGAGUAAUUUGCCCAGGUUGAGCUCCAUCCAUGAGUUACAGUUGCUAUGGUGAUAUAAGUGCUCUUCAAGCCCCACUGGUUCCCUGCACAGCUGUAAGAGCCUCAGACUGUGGACUUGCCAUGGUACGGAGCUCUGCUGAGGCAGACAUCAUACGCCUGAGGAAAUACGAGAUCCCGAUUAAGAGAGUAGCCAGAAACCUGUGCUUGGAGCCGGCGCUCAUCGCUGGCAUCAUCUCGCAGGAGAGCCGUGUCGGCCUGCUCCUGAACAAUGGCUGGGACCAGGAACGGCACAAGUACGGCUUGAUGCAGCUUGGUGGGCAGCAACAUCAGCUUUUCGGACUGUGGGAUAGUGAAGAACAUAUAAAUCAGGGCUCAACUAUCCUGGUUCUUUCAAUUAAUGAAGUACGGGCAAGACAUCCUACCUGGACCUGGGACGAGCAGCUGAGAGGGGGAAUCUGCACCUACCGUGCAAAAAUGGGCAACUUCCAGGUCUACGAGGAUGACCCAUGUGACAGAGACAGCUACUACGUCAACAGCGUGAUUAGGCGAGCCCAGUACUUUAAGAGACACGGGUUCUAGCUCACAAACCUGCACCACCACCGAGCCCUUGCUCCACAUAGACUAGCCCCGUAGUGACUGUAGUACCCAGAGCAGCUCCUCAGGUCCCCUGGCAGGACCAAUGCUGGUGGCAACAGCUCAGCACUGCCUUCCAGGGGACCUGCAGGGACAAGCUCAGGGCCUUUGAAAGGCAGGUGGGGACAGUCCAGAGAUGUUUAGAUGUCGGGUGAGGAAGGUGCCUCUUCCCAUUUGAAGCUGAACCCGGAGCUGUUUGUGCAUCCCCCAACAUGGGCACACAAGCUGCUCUCCCUGUGCAUUGUCUGUGCUCUUCCCAUCUCCUUCAUCCACCUCCUUCCCUCUCCCUGGCCAACGUGGGGAUGAAGCCCCUGAGUUAAACUCUUCCUUCCCCUUGAUUGUGCUGGCUACAGGGCAAUGAAGAGACUUCUUGCCAGGCCUAUGGUCUCUGUACUAGCUGUCCAUUCCUGCGGCCAGCCUUGUGCAGGACAAUGUUAAACAUGCUUCUGUUAGUCUCCCGAGCCCUGGAGCCCACAGCCACAGUGGGGCUGGAGACCUCUUCAUGGUGAAAAGCAGCCUCACACAGGGGAAAACCUCUGUAUGGGAAGUACUCCAAGUGCCAUAACAGGCAUGCAAACCAGCUUUCCAUUAGUCAGCAGCCCUCUGAGUGGGAGCCAGACCUGUAUGUACCCAAGCCCAGGGGCUGUAUCAAAACAACAGUGUUUUAGUAAAAACCCCCCAACCUUUCCUGCUUUAGCUUUUGCAUCUUUAUACUGGGUUUCCUUCAAGUUUAAAAGUGUUUCAGCAUCUGUCCCUCUGCCGGGAAUCCAAACUUUUAAUUUGAAGUGAAUUAGCUCUGGGUUUAUAAGCUCUGUUUGAAAGUGUUCUUCAAUGUGGAUGGGUCUGGGUGGAAAUUUAGGUUUACCGAGAAUAAUACUGAGAAUAUUUUCUCAAUAAAGAUAAAUGUUGAAUCCAAAUAUUUAUAUAUAUUUUUUUUCCAUGAGGCCCAGUGCUCAGCAACCUGUAAUUUGAGUAAAUAACCCAAUUCAUUACUCUUGCAAUGGGUCUAAAACUCAAUUUGAGAACAGGGAGAGGGAAAUGGUGCUGCAGACACCCAGGGGUGGGUGAGAAGAGCUGGGCUGACAGCCGGGCUGUGAGGCAGCCCAAGUCUGGCCACUGCCCCCAAACCUAUGAACAGGGAAUAAGGAUGUUCAUGUUUAGGUUCUGAAUAAUAAUGAUUUUGGAGGCAUUGGGGCACCUUUCUGCUGGCUGUCACCAUUGCUGAUACAGAAGCGAUGUGCCUUGUGGUCUCCUGGGUUGGAUACUUCAGAAAACUUUCAGGGUAAUGAAGCAACAUUCACCGGGAGUGACCAACAUGUAAAAGUAGCUGCAUGUUAUGGUGCUGUAGAGCAGGGAAAUGCGAUAGGUGUUCUUUAAGGACUUCUACGGGCUAACAUUGCUGCAUCAGAAUCAGUGAUCAGCAAAUCAAAAAGACAGUAAAUUACAGUCAAGGGAGAAAAAUCUUCUCUGUCAGGGUCCUGUGCUUUGGUUUUACAACUGAUGUCAGUACUGCGAAAUGUAUUUAAAUGUGCUUCCUACAAUAACCAGCAAAUGUGAGGUGGGAAGCUUUCUCUGUCAUCGACCUCGUAAGCUGCAGGUCCCUCCAUGGCUCAGGCAGGGAUCUGUCUAAAGUCUGGGGCUUCAAUGACUGACUGUCAUAGACACCAGGCAGAGGGAGUAAUUAAACAACCUGUUUCAGCAGUAACUGAAGCAGUAGGAAACCACUGCCAAGAACAAGUCCCCAUGGGCCAGAGCUGUAAGCUACAUGGCUGAGCAGAUUGAUCUGAUGACUGACUCUGAAUGCUGGAGUCUGAUCAGUUUGAGCCACAUAUCCAUGUCUCUCCAAGAGAUGCAGAAAACAAAGGGAAAUGCCACCACAGUAAUGCAGUGCUGAAUAACUGAGCUUGUUCUGCUUUGUUACUCAUUGAAAAAGCAGGCUGGGAUUUCCUAGCCAGCAACCUGCUCCCAGGACGGUGCUUCUCUGUGGUUGCCUUGGUCACACU